AUGGCAUCAAGCAGCGUCGUUUCUGGAACGGAAGAGGUAGCAUCGACUAGCGUCGUAGCUGCAAAGAGUAUCAGUACGUAUGGACACCAAGUCAUUCAAUUUCAUCAUCAUUGCCUUGCAAGAACGACGAGCAGCAGUCCAUGCUCUAAGUUACAAUCUGCUUCCCUGUUUCUCAUCCACUAUCGACAGUCAUCAUUUCGCUUUCUAACCGCUGUUGUUCCAGGCGAUUAUCCAUUUUGUCCUAUUUAUGUCACAGGAACCGAAGAAACCGCAUCGACAGUUCCUUUAAGUGGUCAAUUAUAUUUAUUGCAUGCUCCCGAAGAGAAGAGAAGCGAUGCCAGUCCUUUACAAGAAGAAAUUAAUAAGAUUCAAGAAAACUUUUGCAAGACUGAAGAGCAGCUACCAGGAGCUAGCAAUGUUAGAGAAAUAGAGAAAGCUAUUACCAAUUCGAAUUAUUUCCUUAUAUUUUUAUCCAAGCUUCUAUUGAAAAACCGUAGUUCGGUGAUUGAUUCUAUACUAGUUAAGAAAAAUAUCUUCGAUAAACUGGUUAUUGUACUAAGCGAUUUGUCGACGGAAGAAUUCAAGAACCUCCCUAAUGCUAAUCUCUUGCAAGCAAUGUAUAGAGAUCAGGAAGAUACAAGGGUUAUCGAGAAUUGCUAUAUGGAAUGGCCUGAAGUAGCAAAGAAAGUCAUGGAGAUAUUGAGAAAUGGAAGAAAUAGAGAUCAAAACCCUCCCACUACAGCACCUGGUAAAUAA